AUGGCGACUCAAGAUUCGCGCAGUCUUCUCUUCACACAGACCAAUCCACAGCAGGGGUUCCGUCUACUAGAGCUGACGCCGGAUUUGGAGAAACUCCUCACGUCGAAAGAUGCGCCUGUACUCGAACUCAAGUCACCAUCCCCGGCCCUUGCUCAGGCAGUAGUCGACCCGAGCGCUCAAGAAUAUGUCAAUCUUUGCACAGCAACCCAGACCUACCGCAUCCGCCAAGUCCAAUCUUCAAACUCCAUCCACGUCAUCCGACCCAGUCACGGCGAGAUCUCCCAAGCAGAUAUCAAGGUCGUCGAAGACGUCGAUACAGGCCUCAAUCUCCCCAACGAAGCUGUGACAGCCAUUGCGAAAUGCUCCUCCACACUCGAGCUCCACGUCCCACCGGGUGGAUUCUCGGCAACCCCAUUUUUGGAAAAGAGUCUGCGGCUAUACGAUCGGCGCGACGAGGACGGGGAUGUCCCCAUGGAUGAACCGAGCUCGGGGCCUCUGGGCGCCAAGGAGAUGCGCGAGGUGAGAGAGCAGAUAUGUCGGGACAUCCCUGUCUCAACAGCGCAAUGUGAUCAGGGUUGGAUGGAGCUUUGUGCAUUUGUGGAUGGGGGCGAUGAAGUGUCUGGUUGGCGGCCAUCAGCGCGAGCACGAUUGCAUGUCUGGAAGCGCUUGUCUGAGGGUGCGGUGCUUCAAGGAAUUGAUCUUGAGAAGCAGUUCCUCGUGGGGGAUCUAUGGAAGUCGGUUCUGGACGACGACGAUGAGCAGGAAGCACCGUUUCCUCGCGCGCUGUUGGAUGCUAUUGUCAGACGGAUUUGUGUAGCAGAUGAGCGGCCUGCUUUGGCGGAUGAGAUGAAAUGGGCAAGUUUUGAUAAGACUGAAUGCACCAGAUGGGUCGGCGAGACUUCUUUGGCCGCUAAUGCUCCUACCGCGUCGUCCGCGAUCGGGAGGAGUGAGUUCUUGAGCGCAUGGAAGGACUGCCUUCCUGAGUCUUGGAGGGCAGAGGUCGCUCUGUCAAAGCUGAUGGAUGGUUGUUAUAAGAGUGCGGAUCCGACUACGAUACACUUUGUCGCGGAAACACAGCGACAAGAUACUCUCAAAGCUGCUGGCACGGGAUCAGCCCCUGCUGCUAAGGCCAAAAACACACGGAAUUGGCAUGAGUUGCUAAAAGCUCGGCGUUAA